AUGGCGGACCUUCGCAAGGAGCGCUUGGAAGGAUCUCACGCUGUUGAGAUUGCUGGUAUAGACUUCUGUGGACCCUUCUCUCACAAGUCGGAUAGUCGCAACAAGCCCGCGGUUAAAUGCUACGUCUGCGUAUUUAUAUGCUUUGCAACCAAGACAGUGCACCUGGAGCUGAUCAAGGAUCUCUCGACAGUUGCGCUUCUGUGCGGACUCAAGAGGAUCAUAUGCACCCGGCGGAAGCCGAAGCAAAUUUGGUCAGACAACGCCACCAACUUUGUCGGCGCCAAAAAUGAACUUCUGGAACUUCGAAGGUUAUUUCUCAGCAGCGAGCAUCAAGGCUCCGUUCAGAAUUUUUGCCUUUCGGAGACGAUUGACUGGCGGUUCAUCCCUCCACGGUCGCCCCACUUCGGUGGACUUUGGGAAGCAGCGGUGAAAACGGCCAAACAUCAUUUCUACCGCGCUGUGGGUACGGCGGUUCUGACCUUCGACGAGCUGAGGACGCUGGUGUGCCACAUCUCGGCAGUUAUUAACUCCAGACCUUUAGUUCCCAUUUCAGAGAACCCUGCCGAUCUGGAUGUCCUCACUUCGGCGCAUUUUCUCAAUGUUUUUGAGUUCAAGAGGGCAUUGUCACUAUCUCACCCCGUUUAA